AAAAGUACAUAUAAGACAGAGAGAAAAAAAAUACAAUGUGCAACAAAGUAUAUCCACUUUUAUCACAGCUGUUACAGUAUGAGGAGACUUGAUUUUCAAGUGUGUUCAUUUUUUGUUAUGUCCUUUUUUUGGUAACGCGAGUAUGAAAAAUAAUCAUCAUAUUUCCAUUUUCCUUUUUUUAUAUACAUUGAUUAUUUAACUAAUAAAAUGUAAGAAAGUAUGGUAAAAAUUUAACGCGAGUAAACGUGGAACUGUCCUAUAUUAUUUAAUACAUAUAAGUCAUUAUUAAGUAUACCAAGAGACACAUGUAUUAAUAUUAUUAGUUUAAAAUAUACAUGUAAUCGAAUAGUACUAUACUGAAUAAAUAGAAGUAAUGUUAAUAUACGGUCAUUAGUGUUACGCAGCUUUAUCCGUAAUUUUCUUAUAAUUUGCAUUGGGAAAUGUCCUAAUCCACUAUAAACAAAAACAUUACAAGUUCCUUUGUGUACCCAUAAUAGUAUUUUAUAGAACUGUAUAUGAAUUUUUUUCAAUGUCUCUGCCAGAAUGAAAACACCACACUUACUACUGACGUGCUGUCGUUUCUUAUUAAAUAUACUACAUACCCAGAACAGUACUGUAUGUAAACAGCUGAUAAGGCAUAAAUAUCCAAAGACAGAGAAUUACCUAUAUUUGCAGACCUUCGUUUUUGAAAAACCCAGGAGUGCUAAAACUCUACCUAUAAUAUAUUUAUUUAUUUAGGGGGACACAACGACUCGGUACAAAUGAAAUUCCAUUAGUAGCAAGGGAUAUGUCAUAUCCACCAUCCCAACUAUCCUAAUCAUCUUUGUGGUACAUAAUGAUGAAAUUCAAGAUGGAUUCCUACAUAUGUUUAGCUGCACAUUCAUCAAUCCAUUGAACACUGAACAGGAGUUUCUAAGAAGAUACUAAGUUCAAACGUUCGGUCAUGUCGGGAAAAGAACCAGACAACUUUAAAGAAAAGAUACGGAAAUUACUUGGCAUCAACAAACCAUCAACACCGCUAACAAUCCCGAGAACACAGACAAAAGAAAUCAUAUUUACACCAGAGCUUUUAAAGGAAAUUGGACCUGAUGGCCCCCUAAACAAUCGGAUAAAGACAAUCCGAGAGCUGAGUGAAAUAGUGAGAACUAAGAGAUUAGAGGAGAAUGCCAUGGAAGCGCUCUGGGCGGCUAUAUGCGAUCUGCUACCUCCGCACGUUCCCGCCGAGAACCGCCAUGUUGCUCUGCACUUCCUGCGCAGUCUACUCGAGGGACAGUUGAACAACCUGGGAAUCCUGCGAGGACAUUUUUUCCGCGUCAUACAGAAACUCACCUGCCCGGAAGAUCUGCAAGACAAGUUGGAAAUGUUCAAGAUACUUAGUGAGGACGGUAGAAAUCUACUUGACUUCGAAGAAGAAACAGGUUUAUUUCUGUGUAACUGGAUGCCAGAUGUUAUUGCUGCAGGUCAAAUUCAAGAAUUUCUCCAUCUUCUCGUUCAAGUGAUCAAGUUCAAUGCAGCCUAUUUAGAUGAAGAUGUCGUGGCCAGCUUAGUACAACAAACCUGCAUGAUUCCUAAUGAAGCUAAAUCUCAAGAAGAACGCAAUUUAAAACAUUGUCUUGAAGUCCUUGAUGCUGUCGUUAGUUACAGUUAUCUCCCUUCAUCUUCCCUGCACCCGUUCAUUGCUGCUCUGUGCCACAUGGUAAACAAGCCCAAGUUCUGUGAAGAAAGCUGGGAGCUGAUGCGCAAGUUGUUGGGAACACAUCUUGGUCAUAGCAGUAUCUACACUAUGUGCUGUAUGCUGCAAGACAGAUGUCCACUGGUUAACCCGCUGCUUCUCCGAGGUGCCGUUUUCUUCAUAGGAAUGGCUCUCUGGGGUUCUCGACUUGUCACCUCUUUGAAACACACCCCUGCGUCCGUUCUUCCUUCAUUCCUUCAGGCACUGUCGACACAAAAUGAAAUAGUGGCAUACGAGGUGGUCCUGUCAAUUCAGCGACUUGUUAAAAAGUACGGGAAAGAUGUCCACCAUGUUACCUGGGAAAUUAUUCUUGAUAUUGUUGAAACUCUGCUAAAGCAACUGGAGCUUCAGCCGAGCCGUGAGCCGCGGAUGCAGGGCGAGGUGCAUGACGUGUUGACGACUGUCGAGGAGCUGCAUGAGCGCGGCCACUUCAUGGGCUCCGUUGCUCGCUUCUUCAACCUCAUCGAGAUCUGCGUCAACAACAGAUCGGAGAAAUCUGUGUCGAUGUUGAUCGAUUAUCAUGCACAGUCGAUCCACCCAGGAAAAGAAAACUGGAUCCAGAAUCUGAGUGCGAUUUUAGAUAAAUACUUCAGACAGGAAACGAGGACUGAAAUCAGGAAGAAGUCUCUGAACGUGUUGUCGUUCAUACUGAGUAUAAACAAACAUGUUUAUGAGUCCGAUUUAAUGGAGAAAGUUGUUAUUCCACAACUGGGACACAUUGAAAAUGAUCCUGAUCCAGAAGUACGACGUGUUGCCGUGGAGAUGCUCCUAGUUUUGGCCAAUGACUGUAACACUGCAGAAUUCAUGGACAUCAUUGUACUUGUUGAAAAGUUACUACGGCGCCCGAUGACUGGUGAAGCAGCAGCGGUUCAUACUGCCGACGGAGCCGAUGUGGUCUGCAGGACAGACGAGAGCCAGAUCGUGGACAUCAGAACGGCCGUUGUUAAACUGGUGGAAGUUUUUAAAUGCAAGUUGUACCAGGUUCCGUCCAGUCACUGUCUGAAGGUGUACGAGUUGCUCAUUGAUCACAUGGUCACACACUAUUCCCAGAAGUACGUCAGCCACUCCGCCUGUACUGUGCGCAAAGCUGUGAUUGAAGCUUUGCUGCAGCUGAGAUCAGACAGUCUACACAGGCUGGGACUGAUUGACCGUGGGUCGGAUGCUCAUUUUGCAUACACUCGCUACAUUGUGUGCAAAGAAAGUGAGGAGAAAGACGAUGAAGUUCCCGCUAGUCCAACAACUAGUUCCACUUCCUGUCCGUGGUAUCAAGCGCCCUCUGUCAUUAGCUACAACGAGGCCUUCAAAUUGUUUAUCAUGUGUCUGGAGCAUGAAUUUGACUGGGAUGUGUUGAAAUGUGUUCUGGAGAAACUGCCUUUAGUCCUGCAGAACAAAACACUCAUCCUCUCUGCCGAACACUGCCUGGUGGACAUUCUUUGCCACAGAUUGUGCUCAAUGGUAAACGACAGGUGUCUCGGAUUUCCAGAGAAGCUGCAGAGUUUACCACCAAAGUUCACCCGCUCGGACUUCCACACCUAUAUAUUUCCUGUAUUGGCUGCCAUGGUAACCUACCAUGAUUACCUUGACAGAAACAGACAGCGUGAAUUGAUCAAGUGUUUGGAGUUUGGCCUCGUGUCAAAGUGUGCGAAGGUGUGCGUCAGUGCUCUGCGGAUAUCGUCACUCGAGAUGCAGGACGUCAUGAUGAGACAGCUGCCGUCCGUCCUACUCUCCCUGUCGAAGAUCUCCGCAACCAUUUCCAUGGCCAUCCCCGUCCUCGCGUUUCUCUCAAGUAUUGUGAGACUACAGAAUCUGUAUGUCAACUUUGUGGAAGAUCAGUAUAUGAGUGUGUUCGCGAUCGCUCUUCCGUACACAAACCCUUUUAAAUUCAGUCAUUACACCGUCUCUCUCGCUCACCACGUCAUAGCCAUCUGGUUCAUACGGUGUCGUCUGCCAUUUAGGAAAGCUUUCGUUAAAUUUAUUCAGAAGAGUUUGAAAGCUAAUGUGCUUCAGCAGUUUGAAGAGAAUUCCAUGCUACAUUUACAAAAUCAGGACUCGAGAGAUCGAAGUCGAUCUGGUUCGUACACUGAGGGAGCUCAAAGCAGAUUCCGGAGAUCGACGGGUGCCUCCAUGCUGCAGCGUGACCGCCGUCCCGUCAUGGAUGAGAAGAUGUCGCAGUUCCACAAGGAGCUCACCGAGACCUGCACGGACGUCAUGGCCAGAUACACGUUCGGCAACUUCGCGGCCAUGCCUCACAGAUCACACCUUGUCCAGUUCCUGCUGUCUGGGGGACAAAGCCAGACUUGGUUGCAUGGAAACCGCAUCAUCACCAUAACAACAAGUGGAGGUGGUACAAAGGUUGGCAACACAGGCCUUUGUGAGAAGUGUUUGGUUCUGUACCAGGAAUCGUACGAGUCGAAACCUCCACCGCCGGCGCGACACGAUCGACGCAGACACAAGUCCGCUGCCUGUGUCAGUAUGAGUCACACACAGCUGUCUCCCUCGGUUGUCAGUAGCGACGAGAAUUUUGGACGUCCCCGGUGGUCACGUGAUGACAUGAGUCUUCCGUCGGAGGAUUUGUUUGGUCUGGGUCAGGAUGAGGUCGGGGUUCAGACGGGGUCGUCGUUGUCUGGGUCGUGGCUAGAGAACGAAUCUCUCGAGUCGUUACUGCUAGGUAUAAAGAGUCAGAGUCAGGACAAGCGAGUGUUCUGUACGAACCAGUGUAACUGCUGGUGUACGAGCUGGGCAGAGAUCCACAUCCGCGGGCCGAGUGGAAACAUCUCAUGGAUGAUGCGUAUCGAGAACGAGGUGGGACAUUUCUCCAGCCAACACGAUGUCACGCUGCCCGACCUCACGCUACUGUUUGCGCCUUUGCGGCAGAAACCUGUGGCCGAUGUGGUUGACAGUUCGGCGAAGAUCGACAGCGAGAGUCUGGGAGAGGCAGAGUACGAGUCGUUGUAUUCCCAGCACUUCCCAGAAGAUACCGUAGAAGAUCCAUCUGUGCUAUUAAAACAAGAGAAGCCUAGCCAGUUGCCAAAACCGGGACUGGAAGGUUCUGCCGUAUUACCCGACUUGUCGCAUCCUUGUCCAGUGACACUGAGGAAAAGUAAUUCAUCUCCAUCGCUGCUGACAUCCUGUUCAGACAGUCCGUCGCCCAAGGAGGUUUUGUCCGACGUGGCCGUCAGUCAGAUGUCAAGCUCAGGCUCGUCUGUCCAGAAGAGUUGUGACAACGCAGACAGUGACACGACAGCCAGAGAAGUCCGCAGUGUGCUCACGAGGAAAAGAAGUAACAGCUUCCAUGACCCGGAGAAAGAUAAACUACCUCCAAAAAUGGCUCCAGUAAUAACGAAAGAAGAGAUGCUUUCUUCUGUUGUCAGAAUUGAUGACAAAGGUAAAAAAGCACUCACUGAUGGAAAUAUGGAGUGUGGUAACUCAUCCAAAACGGAUGUCGGCACAAGUGUGAUAAAACAAAUGGACUCUUCCACAGAUAAAGACAACUGUAACAGAUGUGAAGCCGAGUUGGAAAGGACACAAAAAUCUGAUAAUUUUGGUGAAGUGUUUGAGACUGCAGAAGUAGUCUCCCCUUCAGCAGGAGUAGUCUCCCCUUCAGCAGGAGUAGUCUCCCAUGCAUUAGAAGUCGUCCCCGAAGCAACAGGGACAGAAAGUUUAAAGGUAGAGACGGAAACGGGAUUCGAGGCAACUCCCGAUAGUUCCGAUGGGUCGUGGUUACAGGAUGAAGUACCUGAGCUCCCAGCGGUCAAGAAGCGAGGUCACACGAUAUCGGUGAUGUCACCGGCGCAGGUUGCCCAGCAACAGGCUGCUGAUGCAAAGAACAAACGGAGCCUGGGUAAAGACCAGCAGGGAGGAAUUAACCCGAGUUUUGUGUUCCUGCAGCUCUUCCACAGUCACUCGCACCUCCUGGGACAUGACCAGCCACCCAUGUUACUGCCACAGACAGAGACAAUCAACCGAGCUGUGAAGAUGUUGGAUCACAUUCAUCCCUACGAGACUCACAAGAUCGGUGUCAUCUAUGUGGGACAUGGACAGACGAGUGAUGAGAAGGCCAUCCUGUCUAACAUGUAUGGGUCAGAGCGUUACGUCAGCUUCAUCCAACGUCUCGGUGACCUCAUCAGUCUAAAGGACGUCAAUCAGAACCGUGUGUUUCUCGGCGGACUCGAGCUCGGGGCUGACGGACAGUUCACAUACAGCUGGCAAGACGAGUCGAUGCAAGUUAUAUUUCAUGUUGCGACUCUGAUGCCGAAUCGCGAGUCAGACCCCAACUGUAAUGCGAAGAAGCUGCACAUCGGCAACGACUUCGUCACUAUUGUCUACAACGACAGCGGGGAGGACUAUACUAUUGGCACUAUCAAGGGUCAGUUCAACUAUGUGAACAUUGUGAUUCGCCCUCUAGAUUAUGAAACAAAUGCUGUCACCCUUCAGACCAAAGAAGAUAUUGCUGAAAUUCUGGGUCACACUGAUACAAAAAUAAUUUCUGAUGCCAACUUGGCCCUCUUGGUACGACAGAUAGCCAUGCAUUGCAAUCUGGCGUCGCUCGUUCUCCAAAGACAGCAGGUUCAGCCCCAGGAUCCGUUCGCGUCAAACUGGUUGGAGCGACUCAGGCAGAUCAAACGCAUCCACCAGAAGGUUCAGCAGGAGGAGAGUUCUGUCCACGGAAAAACCAGCAGUCCCAAGUCUCGCCUCCACACGCGCUCCUUCAUGGAGGAUUUCACAGACUACGUGUGAGCGAGGACAGUCACGUUAUACAACCAGCAGUCUCUGGUCUCGUAUGACAGUGGAUGUUUACGAAUUCAGUAUUCCAUUCAGUGUACAGUUACUGUCAGUAUUAUAAAGACAUCUCCAACAAUUCAGGAAACAUCCUUGUUUGAGAAUAAACUGGAAAAGGGAUAACGAUUAAUGGCCAACUGAUGGGUUAUGAAAAUAUUUUUCUAUUUUCAUUACUCUGAAAUCCUAUGUUUGGACACAUUUUGUUUAACCUUGGGACAUAAAUGAAUCUUUAUUCAAAAAU